AUGAAGACCUCCACAGCUGCCCUUGCUGUACUUCUUAUGGCUGUCCUCUGCUAUCAGGUCUCCUCUUCUCCAUGGGGUGCCAAUGUUCCUGGUUCCUGCUGCCUCCGCUAUGCAACCAAAGCAGUUCCCGCGAGCCGCGUGGUGACAUAUGAGCACACGAGCAGCCACUGCGACCUGCCAGCCGUGAUAUUUAUCACAGGCCUAGGCAAGAGGGUCUGUGGCAAACCUGAUGAUAAGUGGGUCCAGGACAUCCUGAAUCACCACGACAGUGCAGGCAGUGGAUAA